AUGCUAGCGGCAUACGACGCCAAACUGGCAGCAGAAGAUGAGGAGCGGCGACGGAAGGCGGACGGGCCCGGCGGAAUCGACGCGGACUCGACGUGGGUUCGGGAGAUGGGCUGGGCCAGGCAUCUCGAAGGCAAGGAUCUGGUGGUAUUGCACGACGCCAGCUUGGGCCCGCUGUCGAGGGCCGUGCUGGAGAGGCUGCGUGACGCGGCAUCAAAGGACGAGCAGCAGCAGCUGACACGGCUCGCCGAGAGCUUCGACAAAAUAAGGCAUAAAAUAAAGUACACAUAA